AUGCCGGCUGGCCAUGGAUUGAGGUCAAGAACAAGGGAUUUGUUCGCAAGAGGAUUCAGGAAGAAGGGUAUGCCGCAUAAGUUCUACCAUGGUCGCACCGGUCAGGUAUGGAACGUCACCAAGCGCGCCAUCGGUGUUGAAAUGAACAAACAGGUUGGUAACAGGAUCAUCAAGAAAAGGAUUCAUGUUCGUGUGGAGCAUGUGAUGCCAUCAAGAUGCACAGAAGAAUUCAAGCAAAGGGUUAAGAAGAACGAUGUACUAAAGGCUGAAGCCAAAGCUAAAGGGUGGAUAUUAAGUCAGAAAUCUUGUUUCAGGCUUUUACAGGUUUGUGUCACAAUUACAAACGUAACUGAGUAUCUUGCAAAUGUGCCCCGUCAUAACGCCGUUGUCGACGUCCACGUCAGCCUCCACGAAAACGAGAUGCACCCAUACCGAUUGCUCUUAAUCGUUUGAUUGCGACGUUGAUUCCGUAUGCCAUUGAUCCAUUGUAGACGAUUCCGGUACCACCUUUUCUGAUUAUGUUUUCGUCUCUUAAACACAUGAUGAAGUCUUCUGCUUUGAACUCUAACCUUUGAAAAGC